AUGCAAUAUAAGAAGGACUCUUUCUUUGCUGAAGUUAUGGAACCAGGAAGCAACUUUGACUUUCAAAAAUAUUUCUUAAGCGCGACUCGCCGGAAUGAAACCUCUCGGCAAAAACAUGCUAACAAGGAGCCAAACGUAGCGGCAAACAAAUUGAACGAUAUUCCAGAAGCACCACAAGAGGUCAAAAAGUACCUUCGAGAUGUAGCAGUAGAAAAUAUGGAGAGAAUAAAAACGGCAGAGAUAAAGACGGAAAACCAAAGUAAUGAUGCAGACAGAGCAAGCCGUAAACGGAAAUCAGAAACCAAUGAAAAACUCACUGAGAAGAAAGAAGCGGUGAUGUUAGAGCCUGGCAAUCGGCUAAUCCCGGCUCCUCUGUCUCACAUUCCUCUAAAAAUCCUGCUGGACAUCGAAACGGAAUUGGUCUACACUGACGAGGAGGAGAUUUCCUUCGAGUUCGCUGAGGUGGCGAUGCCUGCAGGCCGCCGAUCAGCGCACCGUGGCUGUGCCACCGCUGCCAUGAGCGUGCCGAGUGUGCCACGGGUCGACAAGCAGCUGCAGGUGGCCCUGUGGGAUGCCAGCGAUCGCUACAGGCAGAAGAACUACGCGGUGGCAGCAGCUCAGUUCGCCACGGCGCUGGAGCUUUGCAGUAAAGGUGUUGCUACAGGCAAACCCUUUGAUUCAUCUCCAGAAGAUAUUUCCAGUAUUGCCAGUUUUAUUGAGACAAAACUUGUAACCUGCUACUUAAAACUGGGGAAGCCGGAUCUUGCUCUGAAUCAUUCACACAGGAGCAUUUUUCUGAACCCAGCCUAUUUCCGGAAUCACCUGCGUCAAGCUGCCGUGUUUAGGUGUUUAGAGAGAUACUCUGAAGCUGCAAGGAGUGCCAUGAUUGCUGACUAUAUGUACUGGCUGACAGGAGGCACUGAACAGCAUAUAAGCAAGCUCAUCAAACUGUAUUGGCAGGCUAUGAUUGAAGAAGCCAUCACUAGAGAAGAAUCUUUUUCGGUCAUGUACACACCAUUUGUGAAAAAAAUCAAGGUUGACAAAACUGACAAGAUAAAGGACACAUUUGCUAAAAAGCACCCUGACUAUGUGGAGCACAUAUAUACAGAUCCUCAUGGACUUCAUAUUUUGCCACAGACAACUGAGUGGUCUUCUCCUCCUCCCCAGCAGUACUUACUAACUCUGGGCUUCAGAAACAAACACAUUGGAAAAAUAUUGGAAAAGCUGUCAAGUAGAAAACUGCCAAUCUUUUCAGACCAGAAAGCACCUUUCAGUCCUAUCACUGAAGAAGAAUCAAGAAGACAUUGGGAGACCGUUGGGAAAAAGAUCAUGCCAGUCAUGGAUUUUAUAAGAAGCACCAAAUUAACAGACAAUUUCUGUGCGUGUUCACGUGUGAUAGAGAAGUUGCAUUACGCCAGCAUCCUCGGCCGGUUGCAGCAAGUCACGGAACAGUCCCAGGUGAUUAAUCAAGCGAUGGCUGAGCUAGCAUCCAUUCCCUAUCUGCAGGACAUCAGUCAGCAGGAUGCUGAACUGCUGCAGUCGUUAAUGGCAGAUGCCAUGGACACCCUUGAAGGAAGAAAGAGUGAUAAAGAACGUGUGUGGAAUAAAAUUGAGAAGAUCGGAAUAAUUGAAGACUUCUUAUACCAAGUAGAAGACAGUUACUUAAAGAACAAAAGGCUGAGAGCAGCUAGGAGGGAGAAAAUGAAAAUGAAGAGGCUUCAAAAUACGCAGCAACAUUAG